AUGGUAUUCUGCGCUUUUCAACUUCAGGUCCCUUCUACUCGUCAUCUUGCUAUUGAUUUGCACGAGCGCCUAUGUCCACCAUUUCACCCCGGGUAUCAUGGACCGGAACAAGAACGGGUAUGCAAUAAACCCAUUUACUACACGAGCUACAGCGGCCCUAAGGCUAACAAUUGGCCUUACAGAGUCAUGGGUAUCUUCUGGAAGUGCGCAAGGAUAGGAGAGCGACUAAGUCCAUAUAUAAGCAUAUGCUGUGUCAUCAUGGCCGUACGUGUGCUUUCUCCCGAUAUCUUCUUCUAUUUCCAAAAGAUUGGCAGUACGGAAUACUAA